CAGGCUCUAACUAUGGAGAUCUAGAGGGUGCUUCUCAAUAGGACAAUGAGCAUGCCUUCAGGGCUGCAGUUUGGGGAGGUCACACUGGCAGUUGUCUAGAUCCUUGUUUGCAUCUUACAAGAGAGUAAAAUCCCCAGACUGGAAGCAACAGUUGGGGAGCACGAGCUACAGGUCUGAAGUUAAGAGUUCAGAGGCGCAGCAUCCAGAGCUGGGCCCCGGGGGCUCGCUCACCGCCCCCCCCCCCCCCCCCCCGGGCUUGGCGACCGCAGAGGCGGCUGUGCUCUGGGCUGGGCGCCCCGGCGCGGGUCUGAGCCGCCAACUUUGGACCAAUGAGCUCGCGGGGGGGUGUCCGGCAGCCCGCAGCGCCCUGGCUCCGCGUCCCCCGGGUCGCCUGGGUCCCCCCCGUGCGCCCCUGGCGACCUCCCGCACCCCGGUGGCCGCAAUGGCAGCAGCUAGAGGCCGAGCCAGACCCGGGCUGAGGAGGGGCUGAGCCGCGGGGGAUCCUGGAAACAAGGGUGGGGGACGGGGGGAGGGAAAGGAAGGUGGGGAUUCUGGGAGGAAAAAAAAAACCAACCUCCAUUUCCUCCUUCCCCGCCCUCCAGUGCCUGGCACCCCCCCCAAAUCUCUCCGGGGGCGCCUCCAGGGCGCUAGGCCGGGAACAUGCUGGGCAUGUACGUGCCGGACCGCUUCUCGCUCAAGUCGUCCCGGGUGCAGGAGGGGAUGGGGCUCUACACCGCCCGCAGGGUGACCAAGGGUGAAAAGUUUGGGCCGUUUGCUGGUGAGAAGAAAAUGCCUGAAGACUUGGAUGAAAAUAUGGAUUACAGGUUGAUGUGGGAGGUCCGUGGACGUAAGGGUGAAGUUCUCUACAUUUUGGAUGCUACCAACCCACGACACUCGAACUGGCUCCGCUUUGUCCAUGAGGCACCAUCUCAGGAGCAGAAGAACUUGGCCGCCAUUCAAGAAGGAGAAAACAUUUUCUAUUUGGCAGUUGAAGAUAUAGAAACAGAUACAGAGCUCUUGAUUGGCUACCUUGACAGUGACCUAGAGGUCGAAGAAGAAGAGGAGGAGGAGGAGGAGGAGGAGGAGCAGGUUGACACAGUGAUGAAAGAAGGAGAAGUCAGGACUUCCAAAGGACAGUCAUCAGCUGGCAGAAACGAGCAUGUGAGCUGCAAAGAGGACCAUACCUGCCCCCACUGUGAGUCAAGCUUUUCGUGUGAGGAAAUCCUUGCUGAGCACCUUCAGACUCUGCACCAGAGGCCCACAGAGGAGAAAGAAUUUAAGUGUAAGAGCUGCGGGAAGAAGUUCCCAGUAAAGCAAGCUUUACAAAGGCAUGUUCUUCAGUGCACAGCGAAAAGCAGUCAGAAGGAUUCUUCCCGAAGGUUCCAGUGCUCUGGUUGCAAGUCUCCCUUCAACUCAGCAUCAAGUUUUGAGCUGCACCAGGCAACUUGCCGGGGGGACGCCAGUUUCGUGUGCAAGGCUGACAGCUGUGGGAAGAGGCUGAAGAGCAAGGAGGCCCUGAGAAGACACCAGGAAAACGUCCAUGCUGGAGAUCCUAAGAAAAAGCUCAUCUGUUCAGUGUGCAAUAAAAAGUGUUCUUCAGCCUCAAGCCUGCAGGAACAUAGAAAGAUUCAUGAGAUAUUUGAUUGCCAAGAGUGUAUGAAGAAAUUUAUUUCUGCAAAUCAGCUAAAACGCCACAUGAUCACUCAUUCAGAGAAACGACCCUAUAACUGUGAGAUUUGUAACAAAUCCUUUAAGAGACUGGAUCAAGUGGGUGCCCACAAAGUAAUACACAGUGAAGACAAGCCUUACAAAUGCAAGCUUUGUGGCAAGGGGUUUGCCCACAGAAAUGUUUACAAGAAUCACAAGAAGACCCACUCGGAAGAGAAACCGUUCCAGUGUGAGGAGUGCAAAGCUUUGUUCCGGACUCCAUUUUCCUUACAGAGACACCUGCUCAUCCAUAACAGCGAGAGGACUUUCAGGUGUCACCACUGUGAGGCAGCCUUUAAAAGGAAGGACACCUUGAGUGUGCACAUCCAGGUGGUCCAUGAAAGACACAAGAAGUACAGGUGUGAGCUGUGCAACAAGGCUUUUGUGACACCAUCAGUCCUUAGGAGCCACAAGAAGACGCAUACAGGAGAGAAGGAGAAGAUCUGCCCAUAUUGUGGCCAAAACUUUGCCAGCAGCGGGACCCUGAGGGUCCACAUCCGCAGCCACACAGGUGAGCGCCCCUAUCAGUGUCCUUACUGUGAGAAAGGAUUCAGUAAAAAUGACGGACUGAAGAUGCACAUUCGCACUCACACCAGGGAGAAGCCCUACAAGUGCUCAGAGUGCAGCAAGGCCUUCAGCCAGAAGCGAGGCCUGGACGAGCACAAGAGGACGCACACCGGAGAGAAGCCUUUUCAGUGCGAUGUAUGUGAUUUGGCCUUUAGCCUGAAGAAGAUGCUGAUACGCCACAAGAUGACGCAUAACCCAAACCGUCCGAUGGCAGAAUGCCAGUUUUGCCAUAAGAAGUUUACAAGGAACGAUUACCUCAAAGUCCACAUGGACAACAUCCAUGGCGAUGCUGACAGCUGAUGGUCGCCGGAAAGGAACUGAACCAUUUGAGGGAGACUCCCAAAAGGAAACCCGGCUGCCCUUCUCCUAAUUAGCGUAGCACAAGUAGACAAAAGUCAUUCACGGGCCUCACAAAUUUCUUGUUGGCUUACCUUUAAAAUUUGUAGCUGCAUAUUCUCAGUAAGAAUUGUACUUUUACCAAGAAAUAGUGCCCACAAAAAUGCCGAUUUCAUAGCCUUGCCAGAAACGUGGGAAGGAAAUUUCCACAGCUGUAUUUCUGUACUACAAUUAAUGAGCUCGCCAUUAGGCCUUUUGGUUUUAUAAUUAACUGUGUCUGGACACCUGACUACAUGUGAGUUAUUAUAACUUGCUAUGACUAAUGGAGUCAGGAAGAAAUCAAGGCAGGCAAGUGUUCCUUGCAGGAAAGGACAACGGUUAAGAUCUCAGGCAUAAUAGCAAGUUUUCUCCUAGCAGGAUCACACCAGCAAUCCCCCUUUAUUUGGUUUCCUACAAAAAAUCAGAAAGUUUACACACACAGACACAUCCUCACAUCCUCACACAACUAGAAAAUGUGACUGACCGUCUUUGCUGAGUGGCACAGUAGAGGCCCGGUAGUAAUAUCACAAUGUUAAUUCUAUGCACCUAGCCCUUUGCCUUCUCAUUCCUUAAGAAGCACACAGAAAAUGUUAAUGCAGAUAUAAAGUCCCAGAGUAGUGAUAAUGCAUGAAAAACAUUUUUCCAGAUUUUUGGCAGACAUUUAUUCUAAAACAUUUUUGAAUUAUCUUUAUCAUUCCUAGAUUAUGAGAAAAACAGAUUUAAAAAAAAAAACUGAAGCAAGAAACUUAUUUCUAGCUUUUGGUUGUGUUUCAGUAAAAUAUGUCAUCAUAUAGUAAAAACUCAGGGGAGAAGAUAUGAUAAAAUGUAACAGUGUCAAAACAGUACGCGGAAUGAAAAAAGCAGAGAAAAGUGAAAAGAAGGCACAAAUGAAGGAUUUUCCUGUGUGGACUCAGUUAAAGAAUUAUAAUUUAAAGGAAGUGAGUCCGUUCUAAUGUGUUAAGGGACAACAAGAUUAUCGGAAGUUGAGAAUAUCAUUUUCUAAUUAUGCUUAUAUUCUAAUCCAGUAUUGCAAAAGAAUGCAGUACAUAUGAUUUAACUCUGCAAAAGUACUGAGUUGAAAUUCACCAGAAAAAUAUCAAAGAAAUAUAAAUGUGAAAACUGUAAAUCCUCUAAUUAUAAUUUAGAAAAUAUCUAAGUGUGGUUGUUUAGAGCAAUUUAUAUCUAAAACUAUAGAAAUCAGUUUAUAGAGACUAGUCUUCUUUCUCUGAUGUUAUUUGUUUCAGAAGUUUGUAGAUCUGAAGUCUUUUUAAUAAACCAUGACUGUGUGCUUCA